AUGGAACGUGAUUCAAUUACUGCUAAAGUCAAUCGACUAUGUCGAAAAAGAAAAUUACUCAUUUCACGCCAGACUGAUCAUGAUGAUCCCAUAUUCAAGGAUAAAUUGAAACAACUUCAAAAAGAAGCACGUCGAUUAAGAGUAUGUGUUCUACGUGACAAACAAUUGCAUUAUAGAACGAAUGUUCGAAAUGCCACAAAUGAUGGGAUAGUCAUGUCUCAAAAUUUAGAGGGCAUUCAGUUGCAUAGAGGUUUAUUACAAGAAACUAUGAUAGCGAACAACAAUAUUGUCAUAGAAGAAGAAGGAAUUGUUGUGUUUCCGAUAUCUGAGGAAGUUCGCAUACAUGAAGAUGUUUCGGAAGUUACAAGGGUGGUGAAUAAUAAUAUUGUCCUACCAGAAGAUGAUGAAAUAGUCAUGCCCCUCAUAGUUGAGGACAUUCAGUUGCAUGGAGAUAUCUCAGAAGUCACUUUGACAACAAAUGUUAAUAUUCUUCCACGACAAGAUGCACAAUUGAGGAAUGCAAGUUUUUUGGAAAAAAUUAGAAUGUAUAAUUCAAUGUUGUCUUUCACAUCAAUGGGUGGAAAAGUAGAUCAUUCAGUUUCAGAUGGAAGAGGUCCAUAUGCAUUUCGGAUUAUAGAUGGAAAUUUAGUGACAGAACAUUCACAUGUCCACGAUGUGACGCCAUCAUGUGAUGCACAAUUGAGGAAUGCAAGUUUUCUGGAAAAAAUUAGAAUGUAUAAUUCAAUGUUGUCUUUCACAUCAAUGGGUGGAAAAGUAGAUCAUUCAGUUUCAGAUGGAAGAGGUCCAUAUGCAUUUCGGAUUAGCGGUGAAAAUUAUCAUAGAAUAGGGUCACUGUUACCAACUCCUGGUGAAAAACCUAAGUUUUCCCAACUAUAUAUAUAUGAUACAGAGCAUGAAUUGCAAAAUCGUCUUGAUGUGAUAGGCCAAACCAGUACAAAUAUUUCAGGCAUUAAUUUGUCAAUAUUGGAAGGUUUACAAGAAAUGUUAAAUGCAGUUAAUCCUUAUGUGAAAAUAUUUCGAAGUACUGGAGAUUUGUUGCGGGAUCGUAAUGUAUUGAAUUUACAUGUGCGCAUUUUAAACUCCAGAGGUGAACGACAAUAUAUCAGGCCAACUGCAAAUGAAGUUGCGGCGAUAAUCAUUGGUGAUGAUGCUGGAACUGAAACACAUCGUGAUAUCAUUGUUCAGAAAAAUGAUGGUAUAUUAAAAAGAAUCAGUGAAAUACAUCCAUCAUAUGUACCAUUACAGUACCCAUUACUGUUUCCAUAUGGUACAGAUGGAUGGAGGUGCGGCAUCUCUUCUAAUACAUUCUCAAGCAGAUCUCGAAACAAUGUGUCAAUUAGAGAAUUUUAUGCAUUUAGACUCCAACAUAGAGAAUUUGAAGACCUAUAUCAAGGAAUAGAAGAUGCUGUAGUUGCUGGAGAUGUAGAUGCGUCAGCAGUAGGGAGAAGAUUUGUGUUGCCUUCGUCAUUCUCUGGGGGGCCACGUAGUAUGAUCCAACGUUAUCAAGAUGCUAUGGCAAUUUGCAGAACUAUUGGAGCUCCUGAUUUGUUUAUCACGUUCACAUGCAAUCCUAUAUGGCCAGAAAUAAAAGUUGAUCUUCCAAGACUACCGAAUCAACUUAUUUACGUCAUCGAGUUUCAAAAACGGGGAUUGCCGCAUUCUCACAUUACAAUCACACUGGCAUCGAAGAAUAAACCAAUCACACCUGAACAAAUUGAUGAGUUUAUAUGUGUUGAAUUGCUUGACAAAAAUACAGACCCAUUGGCAUAUGAGACUGUCGUCAGAUGCAUGAUACAUGGACCUUGUGGUGCUGCUAAUCCCAAUGCUCCAUGCAUGGUAGAUGGAAAGUGUACAAAACAUUAUCCGAAGAAAUUUUGUAAUGAAACAACAAUUGAUGAUAAUGGAUUUGUAUCAUACAGGCGUAGAUGUGAUGAGGGCAACACAAUAAAUAUAAAUGGAUUUAUAGUUGAUAACAGAUGGGUCAUUCCAUAUAAUCGUGAUCUUUUGGUGCGAUAUGAUUGCCACAUUAAUAUUGAACGAUGUGCGCACCCGAAGUUGAUGAAAUAUUUGUACAAAUAUGUCAACAAAGGGCCUGAUCGUAUGACAACUGUGAUUGAGGAUAAUGUUAUUCAUCCAAACAAUAAUGGGCAACAACAUUACAAACAAGUUGAUGAGAUUAAACAGUAUUUGGAUGCUCGAUACGUGUUUGCGAUUGAAGCGUGUCAACAAUUUGUUAUAUUUAAUGACAAUGAUCAUCUACACGAAGUUAUUGACCAACAACGUGUUCAUGACACAAUGUUGACCAAAUGGUUUGAAGCAAAUAGAACCCACCAAUCUGCAAAGGAGUUGACUUAUGUUGAAUUUCCAACAAAAUGGGUAUGGAAAAUAGAUAAAAAAGAAUGGGAUGUUCGAAAAUCACAUAAAUGUAUUGGUAGAUUGCCAUAUGCACAUCCAACAUCGGGCGAGAGAUAUUAUUUGAGAAUGUUAUUGAAUAAGGUUCGUGGUGCAGAAAGUUUUGAGCAUAUCAGAAUUGUAAAUGGGGUCGUGCAUAUAACAUUUAAAUCUGCAUGUAUUGCCCUUGGUCUACUCGAUGAUGAUAAUGAAUGGCACGAAGCAUUGGCAGAAGCAUCAAAUUGGGCAUCAGCAACAAAACUUCGACAUAUGUAUUGCACAAUGAUCAUGUUUUCUGAUAUAACCAAUCCAGUCGAAUUAUGGGAACGUCAUUGGAAAAGUUUCACUGAUGAUAUACAAUAUAGAAUCAUAAGAGAUAUGAGAGAUAGUGAUCUAUAUCUUGACGAUGAAGACUUAAAAAAUUUAGGACUUCUCGAAAUUGAGCAUAUAUUAAAUAGAAAUGGAAGAUCUCUCAAAGAUUUCCCUCCCAUGCCAUUUCCAUCUUCGCAAGGUGCUUAA